CGGAACCUUUGCUCUCGUGUUCCAUCGAAAAGUCGGACAAAUUUUCCGACGCACCACCAAUGUCAAACUCAGCGCUCUUCGCAUUGACAUAAGCGACCUGAGGACUUGUUCUUACCCAGAGGCGAAUCUAACCGGACAAGAUGCGCCUCACGCUACAAAUGUUGAUCUCGCACGGCCGGGUGGCCCGGAAGAUGGGUCUGGGUCCGCAGUCCCGGAUCAACAUGCUGCGGAACAUCUUGACAGGACUGGUCCGACAUGAGAGGAUAGAAACCACGCUGGCGAGAGCAGAUGAAGUCCGCUUCUACGCCGAAAAGCUGGUUGACUAUGCCAAAAAGGGAGACACUGAUGAGAAGGCGAUGAAAAUGGCCAGUUUUUGGCUAACGGAAAAGGAUCUGGUCCCAAAGCUCUUCAAGGUCCUUGCUCCACGGUUUGAGACCCAGUCCAAUGGCUACACACGGAUGGCACGCAUUCCCAACAGACAGAACCUGGACAGAGCAAAGAUGGCCGUCCUGGAGUACAAAGGCAACCCCUUCCCGCCUCUCUAUCCUGUCAAAAAGGAGAAUGAACUGACUCUCAUCAACCAGCUGCUCAAAGGCUACAGAGAGGAAAGGGCACAACAGUUAGCUGCAAAAUCGUAAUUCAUACCACGGUGUUGGAUAAAUGGUCGCUGAACGCUGAUGGUUGGAUGCUGAAAUGCCCUGAAGAGUCACUUGCAGAUUGUGGCCUAUAGAGACUGAUGCAUUUCUUCACCAAAAGAACAGUUCAAAACCUACAGUGUCAACUGCGGCCAGGAACAUUUCUGUAUGAGAUGAUUUCUGAUUGGAUAUGAUUAAUAAAUGUGAUUCAUGAACAGAA